AAAGGCACAAUACUCUGGCGCCCUUAAGAAGCAGUGCUAAAAACACGUCUCCGGUAAGAAGGAAUCAUGCCAGACUCUGCUUUGCCUCUCUGUCUCCUCGGUCUUCUCGCUUUGUCCUCUGCCUGCUACAUACAGAACUGCCCGAGAGGUGGCAAACGCUCCUUUCUGGACACGAGCCCGAGACCGUGUCCUUCAUGUGGACCCAGUGGCAGAGGGCGCUGCUUUGGACCCAGUAUCUGCUGUGCAGAAGAGCUGGGCUGUUACAUUGGCACCCCUGAGAGUGCACCAUGCCAAGAAGAGAAUUACUUGGCUUCACCCUGUGAGACUGGAGGAAAGGCCUGUGGAAUGGAGGAAGAGGGACACUGUGCAGUGCCAGGGAUAUGCUGUAAUGAAGAUAGCUGUGCCCUGGACUCCUUUUGUCUGGAUGAUGACAGCAAUAAAAGACACAAUUCAUUAGAAAAUAUGGCUCAGAUGGGAGGUGACCUACUGAUGCGAAUUAUGCACUUGGCAAAAACACAGUCACCAGGGGCUGGCAGGUCCCAGCAGUUUUAGCCACAAGAGGUAAAUCCUAGGUGGCUCUCAUCUCUGGGGAGACGAGAGCAGAAAUAUUUUACAAUGUAAAAAAAAAAAAAAAAAGAAAAAAUAUCACAAAUUACAAACAGUAUGCUGGCAUUUCUUGUUAAAUAUUUUUCUUUCAUACAGUGACAUCUGAAAUGGAUGUAAAAUUGUUCACACUGUAAAUAUGUAGCAAAUAAACUCUUUCUUG